UUCCCUCCGCGCUGGACGGGAGCAGCUGGACCUGGAACCUGGCUGCGGUACCUUCGCUGCCUCCUGCUGUGCAGGUCCCCGACCCUCUCUCUGUCCUCAUUGCACCCAGACGGGCCGGCUCAGAGCUCCCGGCUCGUCUUCCGUGUGGCCGCGAGGUGAGCGGGACUCAGGACUCCUUCGGGGUCGGGCGGAGCGCGCGGGUGUCGGGGUCUGAGGGGGCGGCUAGGGCCUCGGGCCGCUGGGGUGGGGUGCGGUGCGCGCGGGGCUAGCGCGGGUCACAAGGCCGCCCCGGGAGCGAGGACGGCUGGUUGUCUCCCUGCCUGCUGUCUGACGCAGGAGGAAAGACGGGUCCCCACACCUUUGGGGAGAGGGACGCACGGAAACACACACACACACACAGGGACGCACACAAACACUGGAGAGAGGGAGAUACAAAAGCCCGGACACCCGUGCACAUACACACGGAGAAAUACACCCAGUCACCUGGGAACACACGUACCCGCCAGCCUUUCCCCAACCACUCCGGGACGCACAUCCACAGUCCCCAAACCAAAUCCUACACCCGAGUGAUUAAUGUAGGGAAAACAAAGGCGCUCCCACGACUUGAUUUUGGCGACCUCUGAAGUUCCACCUAAGCAGAACGUGUUUGCUCGAUGUCUUAUGACCACUUGGGUGAGGAAUUCGGAAAGUAAAGCCAAUCUUAGAGGCUGCAGGAGGUUUGGGGGCAGUAUCUGAUUCAGACGCUGGCUAACGUUUCACGAUCGCGUUCCUUUUUUUCUUCCAACUCGACACUCUUGCACUCCUGUAAUGAGCCUGGCACUGUGAUGAAACACUUUUCCUCUGUUGUUUGAGUGCAUCUUCUCAACAACCCUAGGAGGGUUCUUGAAGCUCUUGAGAUUAACAAUGGCAGGAAAAUCAUCACUUUUUAAAGUAAUUCUCCUUGGAGAUGGUGGAGUUGGGAAGAGUUCACUUAUGAACAGAUAUGUAACUAAUAAGUUUGAUACCCAGCUCUUCCAUACAAUAGGUGUGGAAUUUUUAAAUAAAGAUUUGGAAGUGGAUGGGCAUUUUGUUACCAUGCAGAUUUGGGACACGGCAGGUCAGGAGCGAUUCCGAAGCCUGAGGACGCCAUUUUACAGAGGUUCUGACUGCUGCCUGCUUACUUUUAGUGUCGAUGAUUCACAAAGCUUCCAGAACUUAAGUAACUGGAAGAAAGAAUUCAUAUAUUAUGCAGAUGUGAAAGAGCCUGACAGCUUUCCUUUUGUGAUUCUGGGUAACAAGAUUGACAUAAGCGAACGGCAGGUGUCUACAGAAGAAGCCCAAGCUUGGUGCAGGGAUAACGGCGACUAUCCUUACUUUGAAACGAGUGCAAAAGAUGCCACAAAUGUGGCAGCAGCCUUUGAGGAAGCCGUUCGAAGAGUUCUUGCUACUGAGGAUAGGUCAGAUCACUUGAUUCAGACAGACACAGUCAAUCUUCACCGAAAGCCCAAGCCUAGCUCAUCUUGCUGCUGAUUGUUAGAUUGUUGAUGCAUUCUAACCAACUCACACAUAUACACAAAAUCAACAUGGGGAUGGAGAAGAGAAUUAGCAUUUGCAGCAGUGUAUCAUCUACUAAUAAAAUUAAACUAAUGUAUGUUGCUGCUUCGUUAGUUGGUGGGAGAAGGGACAUAUCCAAUCAUGGAGGAAUAUAUUUACUCAAUAAUGGCACCUUACAUUUAUAAAUUGUAACGGUUGUCUAAUAACGUUUCUUUAAAUAUGUAAGUUGCAGAGCUAAUAAAUGAGAUGACCAAGACAUUAAUUAUAAUUAAAAUAAGAAACUUGACUAUUCUAGAAGUUAUACUUGGAUUUUUUCCUGGGAAAAUGGAGAACUACUUUUUAUAUGUGUAUGUUUUUAUGCAAUUAGCAUUGUAUUCUUGGUUCAGGGAAAUAAUUUCCUAAAGCAAUAAUGUUAGAUAUUAAAGAUUAAAAUCUAAUGUAUUUGCAA